UGUAAUAACAAAUAGUUAAUAUAUUCAUUAUACGGUGUUCAGUUCAGCAAAUUCCACGCAGUGUUCAGAAACAUAUCUUGUUCGACACGAACAUGUGAAAAUAGAAGAAAUGCCAAGCUAUCGUGCUCAAAGCAGGUUUAAAGUUUGUCUGACGCUAUGUUAAUGACGCAAUGACGCCCCCCUAGAAGAAUGCUACGGUUAACCCUAUUACUGAUGUGGGUGGGGGUGGAGGUGAACGGACAUGGAAGGUUAAUAGAACCCCCCUCCAGAUCAACAAUGUGGAGAUAUGGGUUUGAUUCUCCGGCAAACUAUAACGAUCACGAGCUAUACUGUGGAGGGUACACGAGACAGUGGCAGACUAACGGGGGAAAAUGUGGGAUCUGUGGCGACCCUUGGGACUCACCACAGCCGAGGGCAAACGAGGCAGGAGGGAAAUAUGGGAAUGGAAUAAUUACAAGAAGCUACAGGAAAAAUUCAAACAUUAAGGUGAAGAUUGAACUAACUGCGAACCAUAUGGGCCAUUUUGAGUUCCGGCUGUGCCCAACAAAUAGUAAAGUAAAUGAUGCUUCACAAUCAUGCCUUGAUCAGUAUAUUCUAAGGCGAGUGUCUGGAGGACCAGAUUACUACCCUGGACCUGGGAAUAGAAUAUUCGAGAUCAUUUAUCAACUUCCAAAGGAUUUGACGUGUACGCAAUGCGUAUUUCAGUGGAGGUACAUAGCUGGCAAUAACUGGGGACUUUGUAGAAACGGAACAGGAGCUGUUGGCUGCGGACCCCAGGAGGAGUUUAGAGCUUGUGCUGAUAUAUCUAUAACAGAACAGGACGGAACAGCAGACUCUACUCCGCUGGAACAGGAUACAGACCAGGUCCAGCUGGACUGGAACAAGGAACAGGAACAGGAGCAGGAGAAGGAACAGGAGAAGGAACAGGAGGAGGAACAGGAGGAGGAGGAGGUUAACAACCAGAACCUCAUAAUCAUUAUCCUCUCUACCCUACUCUCCGCCUGCAUCAUGUUCUGUGCUGUCUUCUUCUAUUAUUACAAAGCUAAAUCUUAUCUCACGGAGUUCAUUGAAGACAAGGGAUUAGAGAUUCCAGGUUUACCAAAACUGAAAAAGAUGCCUAGCAUGCCAAGUAUGUCAAGUAUGCCGGGUAUGCCGAGCAUGCCUCGUAUCCCAAACAAGCCAAAAUUUCUUCGUUGGCCAAAAAUAUCUGAAAUAAAUGGACAAAAGCUACGGGGUCUUUGUAAACUAGACACAUUUGAUAAAUUAAACUGGCCGCUGUCCAACAUAUCUCUAGGCGAUAAAUUACCGUCGUUUAAACAAUCAGCAUCGACGGUUGGAUCAAUACCCGCCGCAGCAGCUACGGCACCGGUACCACCGCCGAGAACUAAACGACCAAAGUCCCGCCCCCCUAGUCCAGGGUCAGUGCAACCACGCCUUGCAACGAUACUACCACGACCCCAUCCACGCCCCCCGGCCCCACCACCCUCACGCCCAUCAGUGCCCGCCGUCCUAGAAAUAAGUUCACCCACAGGAGUUACAAUUAACGGCGUGACGGUGCAAAAACCAUCGCCGAUGUCUAACACAGCGGCGGGACCUAGUGAAGUGAAAAAAUGUUAG